AGAGUUGUAUUGUUCUUUGCCCAACCCUAGGAAUGUCCAUUUUGAAUCUAUAAACAUGAAGAAUGUCCUUCACUGGUCAGCACCAGAAGGCAUAGGAGAUGGAGUACUCUACAAGGUGAAGUAUUCAGUAUACGGUGUUGGCAAAUGGAUUAGAAAGCCAGAAUGCAGGAAUAUCAACAGAACAUGGUGUGACCUCUCCAGUGAGACCUCGGACUACGAAGAACAAUACUACGCAAGCGUUAAAGCCUUCCUAAAUGGGAUGUGCUCUGACUGGAUGGAGACCACACGAUUCAACCCUCUUACAGACACUAAAAUUGAUCCCCCCAUGGUAAGUGUAUCUUCUACUGAGAAAUCUAUUUCAAUCAUUCUGACUGCUCCUGAGAAGUGGAAGAGAAGUCCUAAGGGAGAAUCCAUUUCUCUCCUUCAAGUGUAUCCUGGUCUGCAGUACAACGUGUCUGUGCUCAACAAAAAAACAAAGAAGCGGUGGUUCUUCUCCAUCAGCAACAACACCUUGGUUGUGCCCUGGUUAGAACCUGGAACAGCUUAUUGUGUCAGUGCACAGAUAUAUGUCACUACACCACUUUUGCACAGUGGGUUCUCUAAAGAAUACUGCAUUGCUACGUUGAAAGAUAAAACGGCAGAUGAAACUAUAACAAUCGUAUUUGGAUAUGUUCUGCCCAUCAUGCUUGCUGUCCUUUUUAUUUCAAUGACAUGCUAUUGGGUGCACAGGUACAUUCAUGUCAGCAAACAGAAACAUCCAACAAAUCUGGUAUGGCACUACACUGACAAAUGCAAGGAACGGGUGUUCAUACCGUGUGAAAAAAUAGUGGUCAACUUUAUCACUCUUAACAUGGAUGAGCACAAGCCAUCUCAGGAAUCCAGUUGUCUAUCAGAGAGGAAAAGUCCCCGUUAUUACACUGUUUACAAUGGCACUGAAGGGGAGAGUUUGUCUUCAAAAGAAGUGCUGGAACCAAAACACUUGCUUGAUAUUUCACAUGAAGAGAUUUCCCACGAAGAGGAUAUCUUAGCAGAAGGGGACCAAACUGGGAACUGGCCAUUAUAUGGCCAGCCUGGAACAAAGAAUACUUUGAGACAGAAAAAUGCAGAGACUGUAGAGUAUGAACAUGAUGUAAGGGCUGAAGACUUCAGUCCUGGUCAGAAACUAGAAGACCUCAGUUUGAAAGAGAAGACCUCUGCCUCCAGGGGACUACUAGGUGAGCCACAGAAUGCUUUGGGGGUCUUGAUUAAUAAGAAAACAGGACAGCCAUAUUGCCCCCAACUAGAGGUGAGGGCAACAGACCUUUGUUUGGGACAGAAAAUAGAGGAACUUAAUUUGAAGAUGGUUGAUGCAGCAGAUGAAUUGCAAGGUGAGACCCAUAUCAACUUGGUGGACUUGGAUGCUGAAAAAUCUGGGCAGACCUUCUAUCCUCAGCUGGAAAAAAUAACACAGGGUAUCAUGGCAAAAGAGGGUGGACAGACUGUAUUGGUAGAUUGGGAUCCGCACACUGGAAGACUGCGUAUUCCUGCCUUGUCCAGUGUUGAAAAUCAGGUGUGUGAAGGACUGUUCAAGUGUGAUGAUCCUGACAAAGAGGGAAUUUUGUCCAGACUGUACAAGAAAGAGGUAUCUAAUGAAACAUCAGAUGACCAAGAAAUGUAUCUCAUGCAAUUCAAGGAACAAUGGGGACUGCAUGUAGAAAUGGAAGACUGA